AUGUCGUUCGGCGGGUUCGGCAAUACCAGCGCACCUGCGAGCGGCGGCUUCGGGGGCUUCGGCUCAAGCGGUACCAGCGGGGGAUUUGGGGGCUCUGCAGCAGCGUCCCCAUUCGGCGGCGGCGCGACGACAGGUGGAUUCGCCUCCGGCACGUCAGCUUUCGGUGCGGGAGUGGUCAAACCGGCCUUCGGGGGCUUUGGAGCCCCAGCGCCAGCUACUGGAGGCGGUUUCGGUUCGCAACAGACGACGACAACAGGCUUCGGCGGCUUCGGGACCUCAGCAGCACCCUCCACGGGCUUCGGCGCAGCAGCCAACCCCGCGACGACCUCGGGCUUUGGAACUACGUCGACAUUCGGCGGAGGUGCGACCACAGGCGGCUUUGGAUCUUCGGGCACGUCGGCAUUCGGAUCCAGCACUCCGUUCGGUGCCAAGCCGGCUGCUAGCUCGAGUCCUUUCGGGUCCACGAGCGCAUUCAGUAGCGGAGCAGGAACGACCAAUGCCUUUGGCGGAGGAUCCACAACAGGAGGGUUCGGUACACCUACACCAGCUAGCAGCGGCAUGUUCGGUGGAACGACGGGCGGAUUUGGCGCAUCUGCAGCCAAGAGUCCAUUUGGAGCGACAUCUACGGCCACGACGGGAGGUUUUAGUUCCCAGGCAACUGGCACUUCUGCGUUCGGAGGCUUUGGCUCUCAUCCAGCGGCAGCUGUGGCGGGCGGGCAGGCGCAGGUUCAAGUCGGAACGGGCCAACCAACGUACCAGCCUACUCGAGAGAUGGAGCCGUCGGGAACUGGUGGCACGGCCAACUACAUCUCGAUCUCGCGCAUGCAGGCGUUCGCGCACAAAUCGACGGAAGAGCUACGUUACGAGGACUACCUAAAGCGUACGAACCCGGCAGCAGCACAGGCGGCUGCUACGCAGAACGCUCCCGCACCAGGUGCAACGACAGGUGGAACUGGAGCAUUUGGAGGCUUUGGCGCGCAGCCAGCUACGAGCUCUGCUUUUGGCUCGACUGGAGGAUUCGGCAGCAGCCAGCCAUCGGCAUUUGGUGCGACAUCUACUGCUGGAGGCUUUGGGUCCUCUUCUUUCGGCUCGACGUCGACGUCGGCAACAACAGGCGGAUUUGGUGGAUUUGGAUCGCAGCCUGCGACCCCUGCAACGAACGGCGGUCUGUUUGGCAGCACGGCCGCCGCCCAUCCUGCUACAGGUGCAUUCGGAGCGCCAGCUACUAGCAGCGCUUUUGGCGCCGCACCUGGUGCCACGCCAGCUUUCGGAGCACCCGCUACCGGUGGUGGUUUUGGCUCAACGACUGGUGGUUUUGGUAGCAGUUUUAGCGCGGCACCGGCAGCACAGCCACAGACUGGCGGUUUUGGAGGGUUUGGCACCACUGCUCCUGCGGCUGCGUCGGGAUUUGGUGCCUCCGCAUUCGGUAAGCCAGCAGCGUCUACAGGUUUCGGAGGUUUUGGAGCCUCGCCGGCGCCUGCAGCCGCACCGGCUACGGGCGGGUUUGGUUUUGGAGCCUCACAGCCGCAAGCAGGCGCGACAACCUCACUUUUCGGUGGAGCAAGUACACCAGCGCCAGCUUCAACAGGUUUCUCGUUUGGCGCGACUGCCCCGAAGCCCGCAGCAACCGGGGCCUUUGGCUUUGGCUCCACUGGGGGCACUAGCGCGUUCGGUAGUAACCCAGCUGGUGCGUUUGGAGCUUCGGCGGCACCCAGUGCUUUCGGAGCCACUCCUGUACAGCCGGCAACAGGCACUACUUCUCUCUUCGGAUCUACCGCUGGAGCAACUGGUUCGACUGGCGGUUUCGGCUUCGGAAGCACGCCGUCUGCGACACCGGGGGCUACGACCAGCUUGUUUGGAGCAGCUAAGCCUGCAUCGACAGGUCUCUUCGGAUCGACAACGGGUAGUACUACCCCAGGAGGACUUUUUGGCAAUACUAUGGGCACUGGAGGAUCGUCUCUUUUUGGGGGAGCGAACACGGCCCCAAGCGCUGGAACGACUGGCUUUGGAUUCGGCGGUGGCGGUGGCUUUGGAAGCGCUAUCGCUGGUGGCUUUGGAAAUACUUCGACCCCGGCUGCUCAAACAGGAGGAUUUCGAACAGCGGGGAGUUUAUUUGGACAAUCUCUGCAGCCAGCCCAGACAGCUGCUUCACAGCCACAGAAUUUGGUGGCAGCCCCGGAUGUCAAUCCGUACGGUGCUGGAUCGUUUGGUGCCGGGCUUGUCGAGCAGAAUGUGAAGGCGGCGCUGGAUCUUCAGUCGAUUAAAACGGGCUUGAGUGCGUCUUCUCGUUUGACGGCCUUCGCAAACGACGUUGGCCUCCCUAGAGGUCCGCUGGAGCCACCACUAGUUACCCGACGCCAAACUGUGACCAACCGCCAUGCGAUCCCGGUUUCGUUUAUCCGUGGCUCGUUCAAGGGCUCCAAGAGCCGGUUCUCAACGUUCACGUCCCCAGCGCUACCUUCUGCUCUUUCUCGAUCUGGUUUGGAGUCUAAUGGUGACAGCAGUACCAAGGAAGACGAAUUUAAGUUCACAUCGUCUCUGUUCCGCAACUCGGCGACGAAGAAACUAGUGAUCGACAAGAGCGAGCAACAGUCUGCUCAAGGUAACGGGUCAAGCUCCCGUCUCUCAGUUGUGCCGAUCAUUGAUACUGACCAUGGUGACGCUCACGAAAUCGGAAGUGGUCGCUCUCGAUUGUUGAAGCCUGGCGACGAUGGCAAGUACAGUGUCAGCUUCUGCAACCAGAUGAACAAGAAGGCUUUCUCGCUGCGUCUGUACCCGAAUCAAACGGUGAAAGAAACGAGGACCGAAGUGAAGCUGCUGUUACGUGAGAGCAGUACGUCAACGGCAUCCACAAUCGUCGACAUUGAAUUGGUUUUGAAGGGCAGAAUUGUGCAUGACACGUGUACCAUUGAAGGACUGCACUUGAAGGAAGUGGACUCAAUUGACGUCGUUGUGAUUGAGGAUCGCACAGAGGACAAGAACCGUGAAGACCAACGUGUCUCGAUUUCUUCCAUGCCAAAGAAGCCGGAAGCCCAGGAUAUUGACGAGACCGUGCCACCGAAGCGUUUCAUGACGUACGAUGAGUAUUUGGCCUCAGCCAGUCGCGUUGAAGAUGAUGGGUUCAAGGAUACUGAAGCGAAUGGCACUAGCUGUGCUUCACCAGUCUCGACGUCGUGCCCUACAUUGAAGAACAAAGACUACUUCACUAUUCCGUCGUACGAACGGCUGCAGACUAUGAAUGAUCACGAGUUGUCCCAAGUGGAGAAAUUUACUGUUGGUUGCCGCGGUCUGGGUGCCGUUGAAUGGGUCGGUAAGACGGAUGUACGUGAUCUCGACCUUGACGAGCUGGUUUACUUUGAGAAGAAGGAGGUGAUUGUCUACAGAGACGACGAAAAGAAGCACCCCCUAGGAAAGGGUCUAAACAAGCCCGCUAUUGUUGAGCUUCUGGGUAUCUUUCCGCCGCAGCGCAAGUCGACAUCUCCCGACAAGUACAAGGAACGUGUGAAGCAGCGCACUCAAGAUAUCGGUGCCACAUUCCUGGAUUAUUCCAUCGAGAAGGGCAUUUGGCGGUUUCGUGUCGAGCAUUUUAGUCGCUAUGGCUUCGAUGAUGAUGACGAUGACAAUGUCGACAUGGACGAUCACGGAGACGCGACCGGCAAGAAGCUGCUGAAUGCCGACCACCUGGCGCGAAAGCCUGAAAUGACUCGUGGGCCCGCGGUUAGUCGAGGAAAAGUGACAUUUUCGGCCGACCGCAGUGCACUCUUUCGCCAGUCCGGUAUAUUUGCUGGCGAGGUGGCCACCACCAAUGCUGUUGCUACAUUCGGAGCCCGCCAUGUCCUCUCUACCCUCAGUGACAAGUGGGCUGGAACGUCUGAUGACUCGAACAGUAUUAAGCCUGCGACAGAGUUUAAGAUGGAUCUUAGCGUUGAGGAGGAUAUGACAGUGAUGAAGAAGGACCAGCGCCCUACUAGUGAGGUGUUUCCAGUGAUCCCGUUUACUUUGAAGCCUCUAGGUGUGAGCAGUGCCGACCACCUGAAGUCUGAGGAUAAAUCUACUACGUACCAAAUGAUGCUACAGACGUCGAACCAGGGGCAAGCAAAAGUCGUGCGCAACCAGGUCGAUGGAGGUAUAUUCAUGGCCCGUUCGUUUCGCUGCUCGUGGGGGCCAAACGGUGAGCUGGUGAACCUGGGAAGGCUCACUUCACGCUCGGAGAAAUACUCGGAUGUGGAAAAUAAUGGUCGUCGCGUUUGCAUCGAGUUCCCCCUCCGUCUCUCUGAAACAAGCAAGUCGGAUCUCCAUGAUGGGCUGAAGCUGCAUUACGAGUACACUUCGCAAGGACGAAACCCAAACGAUUUCAUUGACCGAGACGGAUCGGAAGUCCCCGCUCAGUACGCACUUCCUGUUGGCGAUCUGCUGAUGAGCUGCUUGCACAAGUAUGUCGCCCACGUUCAAGACCGAGCUAUAAAGGUACCGAGAGAGAAGCGCACUCUGCUUCUUUGGAAGCUGAUUCAGGCUUUGUGGGGCCAAGAGCAUGGCGCUAAGAUAGGUGGCCGACCGGAUUCUACGUUCUACCCUCUCGCGUCCCGGGACGGUCCCAAUGAAGUGGAGUCUCUGGACACCUUCCAGACUCUUGACCUCCGUCGUGAAGCCAUCUCGCAGUGGUUCGAGACUGCAUUGGACGAUACAGAACACUUGGCUGCUUUUGACGGCAACCCCUGCACAGAAGGCGUGCUACGACUUCUAUGCCAACACCGUGUCGCGGAAGCGUCUGAGAUGGCGUUAGAGUGUGGAGACUUUCGUUUAGCAACGCUGCUCGCACAGGCAGCAUCUUACGAAGGCAAUGCAUUUCGCAAUCUGAUGGAGACUCAAAUGGCUCAAUGGAGUGAGAACGGGUCGCUGGAAUUCAUGGACAAAACGCUGGUUCUUAUCUACAGCAUCCUGGCUGGUAGUGUCGAGGUGUUGACUGCGCAGAAAGGUUUUAGCAUGUCGUGGAUCGCGUGCCUUGCUUUAUUUUUGUGGUACAAGCGUGGCCCUGCGACGUCUCUUAAGUCGGUUAUGGCGCUUUACGAGGACGCAGUCAGAAAGCAGCUGGCGUCAACCCCGUUGUCAAAGUUUGCACCUGUCGACACGGACAAAGAUGACGUACUCAUGGAGUUGAUGAAACUCUAUAUAGAAGAUGCUGCCUCGCUUUGCAAAGUGUUGUCACCAAGUGGCUUCAUGAGCCAAGGCACGCACCAUCUGGACUAUGAGUUGUCGUGGCACCUGCACAGCUUUCUUCGUGCCAUUGGCUACAAGCUUGACCGAGAGUGGGAAUCGCACAUUCACCAAAAUUUCAUCCGGCAACUCGAGGGCGCUGGUCUGUGGGAAGAUGCCGUUUAUGUUGCGCUAAACAUUUCUGACGUUAUCGAGCGCGAGAACACCUGCCGUGAGCUGCUCUUCCGCAACGCAGAUGUAUUGGCAUCCGACGUUGCCAAGCGGGAACUGCUUUGUGAGCGCUUAACCCUCCCACCGGAAUGGAUUAGUGAAGCGCUGGCGGUGCGGGCAGUUGCUAAGCAGGAGCGCCACGAGGAAAUUGCACAUUGGAUGGCUGCCCGCCACUACGAGGAAGCUCACGCUUGUCUAAUUUCGCACGUGGCGAUGUCCUGUCUCUUCGCUAACGAAAAGGACGUACUGAUGCAGUUGCUGUUAGAGCUGGAGCCUGUGGCGGUAUACGUCCCUCAGUGGAAGAGCUGUGACAGGGUGGAUACCAUUGGAGGUGGCUUGUUGCUGGAAUACCUCCGUCUUGAGCAGCAAAAAGGACUGGAAGCUGACCACGAGGACCAGUUUCUCCAGCGAGUGAUGUUGCUUUCGCAGCAGCUUUCUCGCGCUCGGGACGCCUCGGCAAAAGAGUCCGACAAGAAGGCGCUUCUGGCGCAAACGUGUGUGUCGUCGAUGAUUGUGUCCUUGGCCGCUCAGGCGGUGCAGCUGCGAUCGCUUCUGUCUUACACACAGGAGCGCGAGUUGGCGGAUGAUGCGUCUGCAAUCUCGACGCCUCUUGAACUGGAACCAGAAUUUCUUGGCGGACUCUCGCAUCUAGUCACUGGACGUGAAACUAGCUUUGUGGAGACGUACCGAGCGAGUCAACUGAUGCACCUUUGCUCGACUUUCAUCGACUGGCGUGCUUAA